GACGGAAGGCGUGGGGGGAAGGCGCGGGCGUAAGGCGGGGACGCGGGGACGCGCGGCGCGGGCGGUCCUCGGGCGCGCACCGUUCUCCUCUCUCUGGGUCUCGGAAGUCUGAGCCAGUGACCGGCGGCGGCUGCAGUGUGUGCGUCCCUGCGGCCUCGGAAAAUCCUGCAAAAAUGUCUCUGUACCCAUCUCUUGAAGACCUGAAGGUAGACAAGGUGAUUCAGGCUCAAGCUGCCUUUUCUGCAAACCCUGCCAAUCCAGCGAUUCUAUCUGAAGCGUCUGCUCCCAUCUCUCAAGAUGGAAAUCUCUAUCCUAAACUGUAUCCGGAACUCUCUCAGUACAUGGGCCUGAGUUUAAAUGAAGAAGAAAUGCGUGCAAAUAUGGCUGUGGUCCCUGGAGCACCAAGUCAGGGGCAGCUGGUAGCAGGAGCUUCCAGCAUGAACUGUAUGGUGGCUCCUGUAACUGGUAAUGAUACUGGAAUCCGCAGAGCAGAAAUUAAGCAGGGGAUUCGGGAAGUCAUUUUGUGUAAGGAUCAAGAUGGAAAAAUCGGGCUCAGGCUUAAAUCCAUAGAUAAUGGUAUAUUUGUUCAGCUAGUCCAGGCCAAUUCUCCGUCCUCGCUGGUUGGUCUGCGAUUCGGGGACCAGGUGCUCCAGAUCAACGGGGAGAACUGUGCUGGCUGGAGCUCCGACCGAGCACACAAGGUGCUCAAGCAGGCUUUUGGAGAGAAGAUCACUAUGACCAUUCGUGACAGGCCCUUUGAACGGACAGUUACCAUGCACAAGGACAGUACUGGACAUGUUGGCUUUGUCUUUAAAAAUGGAAAAAUCACAUCCAUAGUGAAAGAUAGUUCUGCAGCUAGAAACGGUCUUCUCACGGAACACAACAUCUGUGAGGUCAACGGACAGAACGUCAUUGGACUGAAGGACUCUCAAAUCGCAGACAUACUGUCAACAGCUGGGAAUGUAGUUACUAUUACAAUCAUGCCUGCUUUUAUAUUUGAACAUAUUAUUAAACGGAUGGCCCCGAGCAUUAUGAAAAGCUUGAUGGAUCACACCAUUCCUGAGGUUUAGAAGCCGUGGCGCAGUGGAAGCUUCACUCAAGUUCUCCCGUUUACAUCUCUGGCAACGUACCUUUCUAUUAUGCACGUGAAGCAUAUUUCCUGUCUUACAGCAGGGCUGGGGAUCUUACUGUCUGAUCCGGUAUCUUGUUCAGACUUCAAGAUAGUUGUAGCCUUAUCCUGAUUUUACAGUUGAAAGACUUACUUUUGUAGACGAGUGUGUCUUUACUGGAGACCGACUGAUACAGGCUCAGCUCUGUUGGAACCAGUCACCUUCAGUCCUGGGUAGCAGGUAGUGCUGUUCAUAUCACUUUAGUUCUAUGGUAUAUGUGCAUUUUUACUGUUACCCAUAGUACAUUUAGAAUGAUUACUUUUUUCUUUCAGUUCUGUUUGUAUAAAACACCAAUUAAGUAACACUGGUUUCAUUCCAUGUAAGCAUUAUUAUAUAGUGUAUGUAGGCUGCAGGAGACUGUAUUGACUAUCAUUACGUUUUAACUACCUUUACUUAAAUAUGCUUGGACUGUCACCAUAACAACGUUAAGCCUCUAGAAUAAAAGCCAAACUCUUGCUGCCUUUCUCAAGCCCCCAAUGCAGUUCUCUGUUAAACGGACACUACUAGCCCAGAGCAGUGUAACGGUACAUGCUGAGCACAGCACAGCUGCUUAGCUGCAUUUGAGAUUUUCUAGUCCUUGUGUAAUGGAAACUUUUCCUCUCAGUUACUGGUAUCACUUUCUGAGAAAUGAAUCACUAUAUACGUAAUGUAAAAAUUCUUGUGCUCAAUAGGAGAAACUCUGCCUUCUUUUCCAUGUGUAGAUUAAGUGGGAUAAGACCUGGCUUUAGGCACCCACAUGUAACCCAGCUGCUCUGGGAUGUCUUAGAAUGCUCUCAUUUGUUCCAUUUCCUGACCCCUCCCUGCAAACAGAAUGACAGCGACACUUCAUCCUGAUUUGUUUUUCCUUCUCUUUGGUUUAUGACUAUUCUAUUUUAAUUGAAAAUGUAUAAAUAAAGUUGGAGUUUAGUCUGUCUGUUAUUGCAUCAUUGGAAACAUUAGGCCUGGGGGAGAGAGUCAUCUCCCAGAGCGGCCGCCACCUGGGAGCCUGAGGAAAGCCCCUCUGUACUGAGAGGGCCUGAGUGUCGGGAGAAGGGCCUCCAGGCGGGAAGCUGGACUGCACUGAGCCUAUUGCUUCCCUGGGGGCACCCAGGCCGAGUCAUAGUUAACAUUCAACAUGCACCAGGGCUUGUAAACGGUGUAGAAAGAUCUUACGUCACGUACUUGCUGUGGCUCAGAGGUCGUCAGUGCUACUGCUUCACAGCUUACCUCGUGCGAAAUUCAGAAAAGCCAAGCACGGCACGUUUUUCAGUUUGAUUCUCUACCUCGUUAUCUGGACUUCGGUCUGAAGAUAGUUACUGAAGCAGAGGAUGAUGUUCACGGUACUCAGUAUGGUUUUCUGGAAGGAUCAGUACUUGAAGUACCCAGUACUUUGUUAAUAAAUCAUUUAAAUGAGAA